AUGGCAACCCCCACUGCUGCCUUUGAGGCCCUCAUGAAUGGGGUGACAAGCUGGGAUGUCCCCGAAGAUGCCGUUCCCUGUGAACUGCUCCUGAUUGGAGAAGCCGCCUUCCCUGUGAUGGUGAACGACAUGGGUCAGGUCCUCAUCGCCGCCUCCUCCUACGGCCGGGGCCGCCUGGUGGUCAUGGCCCACGAGGACUACCUGGUGGAGGCCCAGCUGACGCCCUUCCUCCUCAACGUGGUGGGCUGGCUGUGCUCCUCCCCAGGCGCCCCCAUCGGGGUUCACCCGUCCCUGGCACCUUUGGCCAAAAUCCUGGAGGGCUCCAGCAUGGAGUCCAAGAUCGAGCCAGAAGUCAAGGACUCCCUGGGUGUUUAUUGCAUCAACGCCUACAACAAGGCCAUGACUGAGAAGCUGGUCCAGUUUGUGAAGCGGGGAGGGGGCCUGCUCAUCGGGGGCCAAGCCUGGGACUGGGCUGGCCAGGGCGAUGAUGACAGGGUCCUGUUCUCCUUCCCCGGGAACCUCGUCACCAGCGUGGCCGGUGUGUACUUCACUGACAACAAGGGGGACACGAGCUUCUUCAAGGUCUCCAAGAAGGUGCCCAAGACACCCGUCCUGGUCAGCUGUGAGGACGACCUGUCAGACGACAGGGACGAGCUCCUGCGUGGGGUCUCGGAGCUGGACAUCACCAACUCGGACUGCUUCCCAUCACAGCUGCUGGUGCACGGCGCGCUGGCCUUCCCGCUGGGGCUGGACACCUACCAUGGCUGCGUGGUGGCCGCCGCCCGCUACGGCCGGGGCCGCGUGGUGGUGACCGGCCACAAGGCGCUCUUCUCGGUGACCAAGCUGUCCCACUUCCUGCUCAACGCCGCGCGCUGGCUGGAUGCGGGCCGCCGCGGCAGGGUGGUGGUGCCGCCCGAGAUGCGGACGCUCAGCGGGCUGCUGGCCGGCGCGGGCCUGGACGUGAGCCCGGGGCCCCAGCUGCCCGGCGACGCCAGCGUCUACUGCAUGGAGGCCACGAGCGAGGUGGACGUGCAGGAGCUGCAGGAGUUCGUGGCCGAGGGCGGCGGGCUGCUGGUGGGCGGCCAGGCCUGGUGGUGGGCCUUCAAGAACCCGGGCGUAUCCCCGCUGGCGCGCUUCCCGGGGAACCUGCUGCUCAACCGCCUGGGCAUCAGCAUCACCAGCCAGAGCCUGAACCCCGGGCCCUUCCGCACCCCGAAGGCCGGCGUCCGCACCUACCACUUCCGCGCCACGCUGGCCGAGUUCCAGGUGAUCAUGGGCCGCAAGCGCGGCAACGUGGAGAAGGGCUGGCUGGCCAAGCUGGGCCCCGACGGCGCAGCCUUCCUGCAGAUCCCGGCCGACGGUGUGCCCGCCUACACAGCCGUGCACCGCCUGCUGCGCAAGCUGCUCGGCCGCUACCGCCUGCCGGUGGCCACGCGCGAGAACCCGGUCAUCAACGACUGCUGCCGCGGCGCCAUGCUCUCCCUGGCCACCGGCCUGGCGCACUCGGGCAGCGACCUGGCCCUGCUGGUCCCGGAGAUCGACGAUAUCUACAGUUGCCCCUACCUGCGCCCCUCGGAAUCGCCAAUCACGGUGGAGGUGGACUGCACCAACCCAGGCACCAGGUACUGCUGGAUGAGCACCGGGCUCUACAUCCCCUCCAGGCAGAUCAUAGAGGUGUCGAUGCCUGAGUCAGCUGCGUCCGCAGACCUGAAGAUCCAGAUUGGAUGCCACACGGAUGACCUGACCAGGGCCAGCAAGCUCUUCCGCGCACCCCUCGUCAUCAACCGCUGCUGCCUGGACAAGCCCACCAAGUCCAUCACCUGCCUCUGGGGUGGCCUGCUGUACAUCAUCGUGCCGCAGAGCUGCGAUCUGGGCAAGGUGCCCUUCACCAUCAAGGGGGCUGUGCACGCCCCCUACUACAAGCUGGGUGAGACGUCCCAGGAGGAGUGGAAGAGGCGCCUGCAGGAGCACCCAGGGCCCUGGGGGGAGCUCGCGACGGACAACAUCAUCCUGACCCUGCCGACCGUCAACCUGCGCACCCUGGAGAACCCUGAGCCCGUGCUGCGCCUCUGGGACGAGGUGAUGGCCGCCGUGGCCAGGCUGGGCGCUGAGCCCCUCCCCCUGCGCCUGCCCCAGAGGAUUGUCGCUGAUGUGCAGAUCUCAGUGGGCUGGAUGCACGCGGGGUACCCCAUCAUGUGCCACCUGGAGUCAGUGCAGGAGCUCAUCAGCGAGAAGCUCAUCCGGGCCAAGGGGUUGUGGGGGCCGGUGCAUGAGCUGGGCCGCAACCAGCAGCGGCAGGAGUGGGAGUUCCCGCCACACACCACGGAGGCCACCUGCAACCUGUGGUGCGUGUAUGUGCAUGAGACGGUGCUGGGCAUCCCGCGGGGCCGGGCCAACAUCGCCCUGUGGCCCCCAGUGCGGGAGAAGCGGGUGCGCAUCUACUUGAGCAAGGGCCCCAGCGUGAAGAACUGGAACGCCUGGACGGCUCUGGAGACCUACCUGCAGCUCCAAGAGGCCUUCGGCUGGGAGCCGUUCAUCCGCCUCUUCACCGAGUACCGGAACCAGACCAACCUGCCCACCAGCAACGUCGACAAGAUGAACCUGUGGGUCAAGAUGUUCUCCCUGCAAGUGCAGAAGAACCUGGUGCCUUUCUUCGAGGCCUGGGCCUGGCCCAUCAAGAAGGAAGUGGCGACCAGCCUGGCCUACCUGCCUGAGUGGAAGGAAAACAUCAUGAAGCUAUACCUCCUCACCCAGAUGUAA